AUGACAUCCAUAACUAAAACAUCCAGAAAACAAAUAAAGACCACAACUGUGCAUGGCAAGCGAGAACAUCCUUCUCAAAUAGCAAGCGGCUCUAUAUUACCACAGGGAAGAUAUCUAAAGCCAGAAGAGAUCGAAUAUGAAUUUGGUGGCCCGGUCGGUGUUCUUGGUAUGUUAAUCGGGUUCCCACUGUUAAUGUAUUACAUGUGGUUAUCUGCUGAGUUUUAUAAUGGCAAACCAGCAUUACCUAAGGAAAACACUUUAGAGUCAUGGAGGCAGCUACUUUCAGACUUAUACCAUUUAUUCUUGCAACAUGGUGUUCCAAGUUUGUAUUCGUGGUCUAUAUUUGGAAUUUUUUUGUCUCUUCAAUCUGUCUUUUACGUUACGUUACCAGGGGUUUGGACCAAGGGCCAACCUCUAACUCACUUGAAGGGAAAACAGUUACCCUACUACUGUAACGCCAUGUGGUCUUUUUAUACCACCCUAGUGCUAGUUUUGUCCUUGCAUUUCAGCGGUAUUUUCAGAUUAUACACUAUUUUAGAAAGAUUUGGUGAAAUUAUGACUUGUGCUAUCAUAACCGGAUAUGCCUUUUCAUUGAUAUUAUAUUUAUUCACUUUAUUUGUCUCGGGUGAUUACCAUAGAAUGACUGGUAACCAUUUGUACGAUUUUUUCAUGGGAGCUCCUUUGAAUCCACGUAUUGGCAUCAUUGAUCUGAAGAUGUUCUUUGAAGUGAGAUUACCUUGGUUCACGUUAUUUUUCCUAAGUUUAGGUGCCUCAUUGAAACAAUAUGAUAUGUAUGGUUAUGUCUCUCCUCAAUUAGGCGUCGUUUUAUUGGCUCAUUAUUUGUACGUUAAUGCGUGCGCUAAAGGUGAAGAAUUAAUUGUUCCAACUUGGGACAUGGCCUAUGAAAAAUUUGGAUUCAUGUUAAUUUUUUGGAAUAUUGCUGGUGUUCCAUACACUUAUUGUCAUUGCACUUUAUUUUUAUACUACCACAAUCCGAUUGAAUACCAAUGGUCUACCCCAUAUAACGUUUUGUUGUAUUCUGUUUUGCUGUUUGCUUACUACUUUUUUGAUACCACUAAUGGCCAAAAGAAUUCUUUUAGAAAACAAAUGGCAGGUGAUAAACAUAUUAGAAAGACAUUCCCAUUUUUACCAAGACAAGUUUUGGUUAAUCCUAAAUAUAUGGUCACUAAAAAUGGGUCUUAUUUAUUAAUUGAUGGUUGGUACAAAUUGGCUAGAAAGAUCCAUUACACUGCUGAUUGGACACAGUCCUUAGUUUGGGCCUCCAGUUGUGGGUUUGCAUCUCCUUUCCCAUGGUUUUUCCCGGUUUUCUUUUUCAUUGUUUUGGUUCAUAGGGCGUUAAGAGAUCAACGUAAAUGUGAAAAGAAAUAUGGUGAAGAUUGGAAGAUUUAUUGUCAGCAUUGUCCAUAUUUGUUUAUUCCAUAUGUGUUUUAG